ACGAGGUAAGGAGAGCAGAGACAAGUGGGGAGAUAGACAGGGGCCGGAUUUUAGACGGGAGCUCCGUGGACGACUAGAUGCCUCACGACGAGAUAGAGCACCCAGUUGAGCUUUGUCACUUCGACUAUAGGGAACCCGAGUUCAUUGGAGAAGAUUGGGUGGAAUUUACCUUACCCGGGCAAGCUGUCAGGCGAGGAUAUCUGGAUAAAGUAGAUAAGGAGUGGAGAUCUAUCCUGUUGAGGCCGGGGGUCUGGUUGCUGGUCGCGCCCCAGGUAGGGUAUGAGUUCGACAGGAGAGGCAGGCUAAUAGAAGAAUCCUUGGAAUUAGUGGUCACAGGCUUCCUCUACUAUCAGUCUUCCGUUCUAGCGGACAUAGUUUUCCAAGCCGUAGAACGAAGUCGGUGGGAUCCGGUCUUAGGGGUAAUUCUGAGUCUCGACUCUCAUACUUGGGCAGACGAGGUAACAGCGCGACACAUACUGCAGGAAGUGGUCGACAAGCUAAGGGGGAAGGAACGCUGCUACGACAGGGACUAUAGGUCGGUAGUGGUCUCGCUUCGACUGGCUAGAGAAGGGUUCUUGCCCCAACCCGAACAAGCUUUGAGGCUGCCCGUCCCGGGUUUCGUCUUGGAAGGCUUUCUAGGGGGACUUGGCCGCCUUAUUGAGGUCUACCAAGCUUUCCUCGAGAUUAGAAACCUUUUGAGGAGCAGUGACGAAGAUCACGCCUACUACGCGCUCUGGAAGGAAGGGCCCAGGUUCGGGGAGUCGGCUUUGAAAUUGGUAGAGCUAAUUAGAGCUAUUUCACCUAGAGGUCUCAGAGAGGCACCGAGGUUUGAUCAACCGGCCGAGUUCUGGACCGCUUUGGAUAGAGCCCUGAGGGAGCCACCGAGCCACCUAGCUGGUAUAGCCGAGUUAUACGGGACUCCUGGAUACGACUCGUCGGUUAGGGAAGGGUCACUCAUUGGGUUCUACGAACUCCGGACAUACUAGGAAGGGACAGAGGCAGUAAACGACGAGGAUGUAGAGUACGGGGAAGAAGAUUGGGAUCUAGCCGAGUGGGAACGAUCAAGGGACGACGAUCGUGAAGAGUGGGAAGACGCCGCAACUUUUCGUGAGGAAAGGGUGGGGUACUUCAGGAACGCUAGCGAAAUAGAAGAUUAUGUCGAGGGACGUUGGCCACGACUAGGGGUCCGGAUGGGCCUAGAGCGAACUCGGUAAAACUGCCUGUGAGGAGGAAGGUGCGGGAGAGUAACGAUAAGAGGAUAAGGUAUGGAAAAUGUCAGGUUAUUGCCCUAGGGUCACAACGGCCCUAGACGCCUUAGUCCCUAUUACUAGCGGGGGGGUGUUUCCUUACAAAAUAGAAAGCUGUAUAUCGCUGGAGGAACGCCAUGCUCCUGGGAAAGCCCAUGUCCUUGUGAUAAAACACCUUGAUACAG